AUGGCGUCCGCAUCCGUCUACUACAAGUUCAAGUCCCAAAAGGAGCCUUCGCGCAUCACCUUCGAUGGCACCGGCAUUUCGGUAUGGGACCUCAAGCGUGAGAUCAUCCUGCAGAACAAGAUGGGUCGAGGCACCGACUUCGAUCUCGGUGUGUACAAUGCUGACACCGACGACGAGUAUAAGGACGACAACUUCCUCGUUCCAAGAUCAACCCAGGUCAUCGUGCGUCGACUGCCUCCUUCCAAACCAGGCCGAGGUACCGCGCAAAACUAUGUGGCUGAUCUCAAUGGAGCAGCCGACCCCACCGGAGCCAGUCGAUUCUCCGGCACAGCAAAUGCUGCCGGCGUCAAGCCAAACGAUGCCCGCUCUCAGAUGUACCGUGGACCCAUGACGAUGAGGUUUGAUGGCGGCAAGGAUGCCACCUCAGGAUCUGCUCAACCUUCGUCCAGUGUUGCUGGGAGUGGCUUCGUGGAUCCAUCGGUCGCCGCCACGGGGGACGAAGCUGACCGCAUUGCAGCCAUGUUCCAGGCCACCACUGAACAAUGGGACGAAACGCAGGAACGCAUGUCGCACGCCACCUAUCGCGAUCGUUCAGGACAAGCACGUCGAGGUGGUCCACCAAGACCCAUGACCACUCAGCGUCCACAGCAUAUACCCGAUCGCCCACCACCCGUUGGUUACGUAUGCUUCCGCUGCGGCAAGCCUGGACACUGGAUUCAAGAUUGCCCAACGAACGACGACAAAGACUUUGACAAUCGUCCACGAUUCAAACGAACCACUGGUAUCCCCAAAUCUAUGCUGAAGACCGUCGAGCAGCCUACGGAAGAAGAUCAACGUGCAGGAGUCAUGCUUACAGCCGACGGAACCUAUGUGGUGGCGCGUGUAGAUCAGGAAUCAUGGCGCAAGAACCGUGUUCGCACCAAGCCACUAACACAAUCCGAUGUCUAUCAGUCGGCACCCACCGAUACCUCGCUGGCAUGUCCGCUCUGCUCCAAACUUCUCCGAGACGCUGUGGUGACGCCAUGUUGUAAGACAAAGUACUGUGAGGAGUGUAUCCAGACACAUCUCCUCGAGCAUGAGUUCACGUGCGCUGAGUGCGACAAGCGCAUUGCCGAUCUUGAACAGCUCAAAGCAGACGAAGAGACGAGGAAGAAAGUCAAGGAGUACGUCAAAGAGGCCAUCGAACAGAGCGAACGAGAGAUUGAGGAGGAAGCCAGAAAAGCAGAACAGGGUGACACAGCGGACCACAAGGCUGGCUCGCCUGCUCCUGGCCAAGAAAGGACACAGAGUCCUGGCGCUUCCCACAACAAUCAGGAUGAACAAACGCACAAAUCGACAUCGCAAGCCGACAACGAGCUGUCUUAUGGCGAUGGCAACGACACCAGUACCGGCAACGGAAACGGAAAUGGACAGACUGGCGGGAUGCCAGCAGGAGGCAUGGUAUUCAAUCCGCAGAUGGUCCAACAGAUUAUGAUGAUGUUGCAGAACCCGCAACUUCCACCACCGUUGCGGAUGCAGCUUCAGAUGCAAUUGCAGAUGCAGCAAUUCGCCUUCAUGCAACAAAUGCAACAGCAGCAGCAACAGGGAGGGAACGGAGGUGGACCAGGGAUGGGUAUGAGCAACAUGCAAUUGGGCCAGAUGGGUAUGACGCCAGGUGCACAAGGCAUGUCAUGGGGACAGCAGCAAGCAGCCCAGGCGACAAAUCCUUUCAGCAAUCGCGCGCCACCGACCAACGAAAACUCGGCCUACAUGCGCAUCCCCGUCAAUCAGGCUAGGCCCAGACCAACAGGCACCAAGCGCGACCGUCCCACCGACUUUGUCGAGGUCGGUAGUCAGGGCGGCGACCCAAACAAGUCGGCACGAACUGACGAUUACUGA